UCUAGUCAGACGGUAUAUUUUGUCGAUAAAUUUGCGGUCACACUGGAGAACACCGAAUUUAGCUAAAUUUGCUGUUUGCUAACAGCUCAGCUUUUGCUGGCUGAAUUCCAACAUUACCGACCAUGACAUCCAUCCUGGACAUGAAGGCCGGCCCGCCGGACUAUUGGGCCGAGAUCAGCAACUUCUUUCUGCCGCUUAAAUAUCUGAUAACCAACGACCGCUUCGAUGCGUUCGUCCAGGAUAUUGACUUGUAUUACCUGAUAAAUGCGGUGUUUUGGAUAUUUGUGGCUCUGUCCUGUGGCUUCUAUGGGUUUCAGCGUGUGUUUCUGUUCUUCCUCAAGUCGUCGAAUAUGAAGUACUUUAAGCGAAAACAAUUCGCGAGACUGAUUUGGAACAUCGCCUUCUAUGCAGCCAGCUGCCUGUUCCUGCACUUUUACAACGAGUUUAUGAUACUGCCCCAGCUGAUGAAGAACCAGGGGCGAUACUCACUAUUUUAUUCGUCGGAGAGUCUCAUCUUCUACCGGUCCCAUCAAUUGGAAAAGUUUCAGUUUUACUCAAUAUUCAUCAUUACGUUCUACCUGCAUGGAGCCAUGCUGGACUACAAGGAGGCGGACUUUCUAGAGGUCGCCUCCAAGGGCCUCUACCUGUUGGCCCUCGUGGCCAUCGAUGUGUACAGAUAUGAGAAUUAUUUUGUGGGCCUGAAUCUCACGCUGGGCCUGUACUGCAUACUCACCGAAGUGCUCGCCCUGCUCUCCCUGCCCAGCUCCAAUCGCAAUCGGCUGGUCUAUCAGAUAUUCCUAGGCCUGAGGAUUGCUGCGUGGGCGCAUGUGUUCAUCAAUCUGCUGCCCUUCAAGUACUUCAUUCCCACUCUCUUUGCGAAGAACUUCAAGUUGCCGCUGAAUGUAGCCAUCUGGCUGUGGUACGGCCUCUCCAUCUGGAAUUCCCCGGUGCUGCAGUACUUCUACCAUCAGAUCUAUCAUACGAAUCCAUCGGAUUGCUCCGGUGAGGGAUCGGCAGCGAAAUGCAUCCUGGUCAAGGACUCGAUUGAGUACCGUCACUACAAGGCGCUAAAGAAGGCCUAUCUUGAGGUGAAACUGGCCCACGAGAAGGCCACGGCUAAUGCGUUGCCAGCCAGCGAAUCCGCCUCGGCCUCGGCCAAAACCUUUCAGGCCAUCAAAUGCGUGAUGAUGCUAAAGCGUAAAUUGAAGCGUAUACGGGAGGGACGUGGACACGAGCCGGAGGAUGAAAAUGAAGAUCUGACCACUGAUACCUAAGCCUGCAAUCAGCAACUAGCACCUCGCAAUUAGAAAAGACACCACAUGACAACUCAUAUACACACACCACAAGCAUAGAGAGACAUUUCCUUAAAUCAAAAAAAAAAGACAAAGUUCUGCAUAGGCUAAAAUUUCACAACAAAAAGCAAACUACCUCCCACUCACAC